AUGGCAGAUCGUGAGCAGCUUAACCGCCUUUCGUGUUCGAGAUGCAAAGAACGAAAAGUGCGAUGCAAUCGAGUCAUGCCCGAGUGCAGCCGGUGCAAGGCACACGAUGCGGAAUGCGUCUAUCCCAUCCGGGUGAAGAGGAGAAGUGCUCGUCCACUAGGAGUAGACCAGCCAAUGCCUGCAAGCUCCGAGGCUGCUUUGUCCACCAUCCUGGACCGACUGCAGCGCCUUGAAGCCCAGUCUGCCAUCAACGCUCCACAGGGCUUUCGGACCGCACCGUGCACAGCCAAUUGCUCCCCGGCCUCGUCCUCUCCAACUGCAUUAAAUACUCCUGCUUAUCAUGACGCGUGCGAUACUCCUCUCCGAGUUAGGAUCGAUGCGACCGCCAUUCUCAAAAAUGCCGUCGAUCAGGUCCGGGACUUGAGGCUGCGGGGACUUGCGACGGUCGUCAUCACUGAUGUGAUUGACAUUCCAGUUGACCUCGCCAGGUUCUGGAUUCGUAAUCACAUGCCGGUUUGCAUGUUUCUCAGUUUUGUGGACAAGCGGACAAUCCAGCUCAUACCUGACAUCAUCGGCCUCCCACACAUCCACGUCGACCCCGGAAUUCUAGUAAUCUACUACUGCAUCCUCUACCAUGGAUGCACACUCAGAGCCAGCAAUGAAUCUUCGAAUGCGAGCAUGUCCUACGCUCGACUGAGUUAUGCGGCCUGCAUGCGGGCGAUUCCCGGGUGGCAGCGAGAGGCAACUGGAACUAUGACGGACCUCAUAGCAGCUCUCUUUUUGACCCGUAUCGCUCAUCAAUUCUUUGACGAGGAGCUUGCCUGGAAAAUGUUCAGGCACGCCUGCGAGUAUUGCCAUGCCCUCAACUUGCAUAAGCUUGACAGCGCGGAUUAUCGUGAGAACGACAAUACCAAUUGCGACUGCGAUAACGAUCGAAAGGGGUUCUGGGAGGUACUCCAAACUGAUCUCUACUUUCGGCUGAUACUGAACAAACCCCCCGUUCUCACGAGAAACACAUGGAGUGUCAACUUGCCUUGGUUAGACGCAAAUUCACAGCCUCCUCCCGAUGGCAUUCGCGCCACAGCAUUUCUGGCUAGUUCACGAAUCACUCUUGUCAUCAUUCGGUUCUUUGCGCUCCUCGAGGAUCCGGAGAUAGACACGAAGGCAGAAAUAAUGACCAAGACCGAGGAUCUCGGGCGCGAAAUCCUACAGAUACCCGCCGAGUGGCAGCUAAAUGAGUGGCUGGCGAAUGCCCCCGAUCAAGAGGCAGACCUCUGGGAGGUUGCCGAUGUCCUCCUCACCGGUUAUACGGCCAUCAUAUAUAUGUUUCGCAAAAUGGCCGUUCUGGACUCCAGUUCACCCGAGCCCGUUACUACUGAGCUCGAUAUUCCCGAGUCUCCCGUCGUCACUGAUGCAGCCCGCAGUAUUAUCGAUGUCCUGUGUCAGAUACUGGUCAAGAUCCCUUACGUGGAGACCAUGGUAACGCUUUUUGGAGCAUACCGCUCCUAUAUUGCCUUUUCAUAUCUAACCAACACGCUGCUACGUGCCCCGGAUAUCCGACAGCACAUGGCAGAUGUCAAGUCGUUGGAACGCCUUGGCGACCAGGCAGAGUUGUUGGCAAAGGGGCAGAGCGACAUUUUCCCUUUAGUUCGGGCAAUGCAGAACCUCAAUGCAGAGAUCCGAAGCCGGUGUAGCCAAUAA